AUGGCUCCACACUUUCCCGAACAUAUUACACAAAAGAAGGAUAUUAUAACGGAGACUCAUUUUGAAACUUUUAAAAAUAAAUCAAAUCAUGAAGACUUUCAAACUCUUAAUUUAUUUUAUCAAGAAGCAAAAAAUGCUUUUUUUUUAAGAGACUAUGAUUCAGCGUAUUCUUCAUGUGAAUUAGCGAUUUCCAAACUUCCAAGUCUCCCACUAGUCACUGAAUACCCCCCAACAAGAAUCAUACAAGUAAAGGUCUGGAAUCUUUAUAUAAAUCUUAUAACUGCUCUACUAGCUGAAAAGCAGCAAAUAGUAGUUAAGGACCUUGAGAUUAUUAAACUCUUGGAGAAACAACCGGAAAUAAUUUGUGACGAGGUUUAUAGAAGAGUUGUUACAAAUGGAUAUAACAAUGAAGACGGGGAAGUUCCUGGCGAAGUUAUUAUUGCAUGGUGGAUUGCUCGUAGAAUAAUAGAAGAUUGGGAGGAAAAUACUUCUAUUAUCGAUAUAAAAAAUGAUUCUGUAUUAAAUCCUUAUGAAAAAAUUAUUGAAUUAUAUAUAUUACAUGUUUUACCAAAAUUGAAAGAAUGGAAUACUGCAAAUAUCUUUCUUUCUAAAAAUACUAUUAUAGAUAAUACUUGCAAGCAGACUUAUGAACGAGCACUUUUGAAAUUAAAAAAUAAGUCUAAUAGGUCAACAUCACCUAGGCAUACCAAAUCAAAAAAGGAAAAACAAAGAAGAGAUGAAAUUAAUAGUCACAAAAAUGGUCUAUCACAUCACCGUGGAACUUCUAAAUUAUCCAUAGUAGAAAAUUUUAGAAAUAUUUCGGGAAAUCGACAAAUUCCGCUAGCGUCAACCUCGAUUAACCGAAUAACAGGCAUUUCUAAUUUUUAUUAUUCUAAUCAAUGGUUGGAAUAG